CUAAUGGACAAUGUUGGUAUGCUUUAUCUUUCUCCUUUAUAUCGUAAAAAUAUCAAGAUGUUUAAUGAACAAGUUGCUUUUUAUAUUUUUCACGAUUGUGUAAAUGAAAGACUGACCCUUUUGCAGAUAAUGAUGUAAUAUCCGCUGAGUGAGUCGCCACAAAUCUCUCAGCCCGAGCUCAAACUUUUCUGCGCGUGGAGCGGCGAUGACAGCGCGCGCACUUUUGGAGCCUCUAUCGAGGGUCUCAGAUCCCAACACACUGGAUCUUAAGCUAAACUAUUAAGAAAUUCAAUCGGAAGCAAGCAUCGGAGAGACUGUGAAAGAAACGCGUAGACACUCGAGGCAGGAUGCACGCGCUGUUCGUGGUGCUGAAACCGCUGUGUUUGCUCGCUCUCUUCAGCUCUUGCCCUUCCGCGACCAUCAGGCCAAAGGAAGGCUGGCAGGUGUACAGUUCAGCACAGGAUGCUGACGGUCGUUGCAUCUGUACGGUGGUGGCACCAGAACAGAAUUUGUGCUCCAGAGAUGCCAAGAGCAGACAGCUCCGCCAGUUACUGGAGAAGAUUCAGAACAUGUCGCAAUCGAUAGAAGUUCUGAACCUGAGGACCCAAAGGGACUUCCAGUAUGUCAUGAAAAUGGAGAGUCAGAUGAAAGGUCUCCGAUCAAAGUUCAGACAAAUCGAGUCAAACCGAAGAACAUUAUUGACUAAGAACUUUCAGGAGCUGAAGGGUCGAAUGAACGAACUUCAACCUCUGAUUCCAGUACUGGACCAGUAUAAGACAGACGCCGCUCUCAUUUCUCAGUUCAAAGAGGAGAUCAGGAACCUGUCUCUGGUGUUGACAGCUAUCCAAGAGGAGAUAGGAGCGUAUGAUUAUGAGGAACUCCAGCAGAGGGUUCUUAGCUUAGAGGGAAGACUGAGGAACUGUAUGAACAGACUUACCUGUGGUAAACUGAUGAAAAUCACAGGGCCCAUCACUGUAAAGACAUCAGGAACAAGGUUUGGAGCGUGGAUGACAGACCCUCAGGCCUCACCCAAAAACAACAGGGUUUGGUACAUGGACAGCUAUACAAACAACAAAAUUGUCCGGGAGUACAAAUCGAUAAGCGACUUCAUAGCUGGAAUUGAGUCAAGAACCUACAAUCUUCCGUUCCAUUGGGCUGGCACGAACCAUGUGGUUUACAAUGGCUCCCUAUAUUACAACAAGUUUCAGAGCAACAUUAUCGUCAGGUACAGCUUUGACAGCGGCCGGGUCAUGACCCAGCGAGCGUUGGAGUUUGCUGGCUUCCACAACGUCUACCCGUACACCUGGGGUGGAUUCUCUGACAUUGACCUGAUGGCCGAUGAGCUUGGCUUAUGGGCGAUCUAUGCCACAAAUCAGAAUGCAGGGAACAUUGUGAUCAGCCAACUAGAUCCUUUGACCAUCCAGGUCCUGAAUUCGUGGAACACUGAAUAUUCCAAAAGGAACGCAGGCGAGUCCUUCAUGAUCUGUGGAACGUUGUACAUCACCAACUCGCAUCUGACCGGGGCUAAAGUAUACUACUCAUAUUCCACCAAAACCUCUACUUAUGAGUAUAUGGACAUCCCCAUCCAUAACCAGUACUUUCAUAUGUCUAUGCUGGAUUACAACACAAGGGAUCGGGCACUUUAUGGCUGGAAUAAUGGCCAUCAGGUACUUUUCAAUGUCACGCUGUUCCAUGUUAUUAAAACUGAUGAUGAAUCCUGAGGGACGAUAAUGGAAAUUUCUGGAGAGACAUGGUUUCUUCUGACAUUGUUUCUGCAAUUACACUGUUCUGUCACUGUGACUCUGUAAUAAUGGGUUUGAUAUUCACUACUUUAAUCAAAAGAUCAUAUUUGGAGAGUUGAUUAGAUAUUACUGGUAACAGUAUCUCUGGAGAUUUUAUUGUUUUACUUUGCUCCAUUUGUAACUUUAUGAUAACCCAGUUUAAAAUAACAGCAAGGACAAUAAUGUGCUAUUUACUGUACGCAUUUGUUUUGUGUUUACUGAGUGCACAACUUUCAGUGCAACAAUGAUGUAAAGCUGUGAUAUUUGAUUUACAAAGAAUGUAAUAAACUUAACACUGUAAACUUAGAAACAUUAAAUA